GCGAAUUCAUGCAGUACACCUCCGUGCGGUCGUACUUGAAAAAAAAGAUCUAUGUCUCUUUCCUCCGAGAUCGCGCGAGCGAAAAGCGCAUAAUCUUGCUUGACAUCAUUGUUCGUUAGUGGGCCUUCCGGCGCAGGAUUCUCAGUCCAGCUUGAAAAAUUUCCCACGUCAACCUGAAGGAAAAGUUGCCAUAACUAAAAAUCUUAACGAAAUGGAAAGGAUGAUCGGACUUGGUAAAGUGUCGAGAAUAUUCUCAUCAUGAGCAUGUGCUAAUGCAUUAUGACGUCAAGGCACAAUAUAUCACGUGCGCCAAACACCAUUAGCAUAAGCAUGUGACUGCUGUGGUAGCAAUCGACUCUCGCAGCGAGACCGAGUCGUAUGAAAAAAAGAGCUGUGUGUCACAAAAAGUGGAGUAGUUAUAUGAUGAGCGUAAUGCGAUCCGAACGAGUCGAAGUGUUCGACGAAGGAAUCGAGUGCCGGUCAUGAAUGACCUCCGCGUGCAGUGAUAUCGAAGAAUAAUUACCUGUUGAGAGCCGCUAUGAAGAAAGGAACGUGAUACGAGUGAGUGUUAAAAGAAUUUGCUUUGGACAUGCUUUGGACGAAGAUAACAUGAGGUUCUCAUGCUUCCCGAGGGCCAACUUCCUAACAUUCCGAGGGCAGAGGGGUAGCAUCAAUCUCACCCCUCUGCCGGGCUAUGAGGACUCCAGUUUCACUAUAGGCGUCGUACGUCUUAUUAACAUACGUCCGCUACCUGGUACCUUGCCUCCGAUAACUGUAAAUGGCACUGUUCCAUCAUCAUCCGAAUCAUCCACAUCACUCACGAAAGUCAUAGUGUCGUCACCGCCGUCUGAGACCAAUCAUGUCAAUCAUCUUCCAUCACAUCAAGAAGAAUCUGGAUUAGAAGAUGCGGCUGCUGUAAACAAUGGCGAACAAUACGUAAAUAAUCCAAGGGGUGGCGUCAUCGGAAGAACGCCAACGCCACCCUCGGCACCGACACCCGUAUACGAGAAAGAUGCCAAGAGUGCCAGGCAAAUUAAAAGGGCUAUUUUGGAGAACGAAUUUCUGGGUAAUCUUGAAGAAAAUCAGGUGGAGUCACUCGUUUCUGCCAUGUAUCCAAAACAAAUACUUGCUAAUACUCAAGUUAUCCGAGAGGGCGAUAUAGGCUCGCACUUGUACGUGUCGGCGGAAGGAGAUUUUGACAUUUACGAGGGGAACAAAUUCCAAAGAAGUUUUGGACCAGGAGUUGCGUUUGGAGAAAUUGCUUUAUUAUAUAACACAAAAAGACUUCGAUCUAUUAGCGUAAAGAAAGCUGGAAAAGUAUGGGUUCUCGACAGAUCAGUGUUUUUAACUAUAAUGAUGAGAACAGCUCAGGAACAACUGGAGGGCAACAUCCGUUUCCUCCAACGCGUUUCCGUUCUUCAAAAACUUCCGGAACCCAAGGAUCAUGUGCUCGCGAAGAUAUCCGAUCUUAUAAGAGUAGAAUUUUUCCCGGCUGGAGCGAAAAUACUGCGACAGGGCGAGAAGGGUGAAAAAUUCUACAUAAUCAGCGGUGGCAACGUACGGAUCACCAAAGACACCGAAUAUGGAGGCGAGGAGGAACUAGUAGUCCUCGGCAAAGGAGAUUACUUCGGCGAAUUGGCUCUCUACGAUGACGAGGGUGAACGACGUGCCAACGCGAUCGCGCUCGCACCUGGUGUCGAAUGCUUGACCCUGGACAGAACGUCAUUCCUGAACCAUCUGGGCAGUCUGGAUGAGAUUCGCAACAAGAACUGGUUAGCUGAAUAUGAAAAGCAAAAGCGUUCGUUGACCCCAAAGAAGUGGACUAACGAGUAUGCAAAUUUAACCUUGAUCGACCUUGAAACGAGAGGAACGUUAGGAGUUGGUGGAUUCGGUCGUGUCGAAUUGGUGACACUCAGAUCCAACCCGAAUAAGAGCUUCGCUCUGAAGAAACUCAAGAAGAAGGUCAUGGUCGAGCAACAACAGCAAGAGCAUGUGCUGAAUGAGAAACAUAUUAUGCAAGCGUGCGAUUCUCCUUUCAUAUGCAAACUUUAUCAAACGUACAAAGAUAGCAAGUACGUCUAUUUUCUUAUGGAAGUAUGUCUCGGCGGAGAUGUUUGGACAACUCUUCAAAGGAGACGUCUUUUCGAUGACGUCACUACACAGUUUAUGGUUGGCUGUGUAGUAGAAGCCCUCGAUCAUCUUCACUCACUAAACAUUGUUUAUCGAGAUCUCAAACCGGAAAAUCUUAUGCUCGACACACGUGGCUAUUUAAAGUUGGUGGACUUUGGUUUUAGUAAGAAAAUUGGUCCGGCCAAAACGUGGACAUUUGCCGGUACGCCAGAGUAUGUCGCACCGGAAAUUAUUUUGAAUAAAGGCCAUGACAGAGCGGUGGAUUAUUGGGCUCUCGGUAUCCUAACUCAUGAGCUUCUCGUUGGUAAGCCGCCUUUCCGAGGAUCCGAUCAUAUGACAACUUAUAACAAUAUUCUCAAGGGAAUCGAAAUGGUUAGUAUACCAAACAUAGUCAACAAAAACGCCAAUAAUCUCAUCAAGAAACUACUCCGUUUGAACGCUUCCGAACGACUGGGUUACCAGCGAAACGGUAUACAGGAUAUUCGCGAUCACAAAUGGUUUUCCGGAUUCAACUGGCAAGCACUUCAAAGAUUGGCUCUACCGGCUCCCAUUGUACCAACGGUACGACAUCAACUCGAUACACGAAACUUUGAAAGAUAUCCACCUGACCGCGAUAUUCCACCGGACGAAUUUUCUGGCUGGGACAUGGAAUUCUGAGAAAAAUUCUCUGUAUAACACAGACAGAUACAAUAAUUACACAUCUUUGUGGUAUCAAAAAAUGCAUUUGUUAACCGUUUGUAUCUGUUAUAGAAAUAUUAAUUGUUGUAGCUCUUUUAUUAAUUGUUACCAAAAUGUAAUGA